UCCGGUUCUGAAGCCAUGCAACCAGGUGGAUCUGGCUUAAGCAGCCCUUGAAGCACUAUAGGGCCACAUUAAUUUGGUCCUGUAUUCAGUUAGACUGUCCUGAAAGAUCCUGCCGACAAAUGCAAUCGUGCUGGAGCUCCAGCCAUGGAAAAAGUGCUGCUGGUGUGGGAGCCAUGAACUCAGAGCCAGUGGAUGAAGAUGGCUCCUUUACUGGGCCUCCUGCCUGUGGUGAUGGCAGAGCUACUGAAUAAAGUUCAGGAAGUUCACCAGCAGUCUUCACAAUUGACAGAUGAACUGCUUCUGAUGCUGAAAUUUGUCUUUGGACCACCUGUUCUGCAGGCAUUGGAACUCGUGGAUCAACGCUCAGUAACACUUGUAGAUGCUCCCAGUGGAAGAUCACUCUACCAGGUUGUAGGAAGCUCUGGUCAGGUAUAUUAUUGCCUCAGCUCCUGCCUCUACUGCUCGUGUGCAGCUUUCACAUACUCAGUCUUACGAAGGAAUGACCACAUAUUGUGUAAACAUCUCCUUGCUGUGUAUCUGUGCCAAGCCAUGGGAAUGCACCGCCAGCUGAGAGUCUCCAACCAACAGCUCACCAAUCUAUUACAAGCAAAGGAUAAGGAGCUUGAAACCGCAGAGUAACAGAGAACAGGGCAAGAUAUACAAGCCUACAGUCUGACACUGAAUCCAGGAUAUUCACUGAAACAAACGCUGGAAAUCCUGGUAACCCUGUGUUUCUCUAUCUAAUCUAGGGUGACAUUUCAGUACUACCGUAGGGGAACACAACACUAUUAUGGAAGAGAUCUUUAAGGUGAAACCUUAUUCCUGGGCCAAUAAAGGAUCCUGUGGCACUGUUCAGGAGCAAGCAGAGGAGUAAUCCUAGUGAUAUUUGUUUAACGAGCACCAGAGACUUGUUGCCCGCCAUUCCUUUGUUUAAAACAAUUGAAAUAAUCUUGAGGAUAUGAGAAGGUGCUCCAAGGUUCCUUGCUGCACUGUUUUGUAUGUGCAUUAACAAGUUAACUCAGCAUAGAAACGCAUCUUAUCAUCACAAUAUUCAAUGACUAAUUUAGUUCACUCCUUAACUGUCCAGUCUCCUGAAUGCCUUACCAAGGCAGACUGUGUGUAGCAGGAUCUGAUUAGACUGCACCCUGAUUCUCAGCUAUGGCAUUAAAGAGCAGAAUGAGGCCGCUCCAUCCAUUAAACCUUUCUGCUGUCAAACUUCUGUAAAGGAAUGACCCUCAGCUUCAAUUUACCCAUGUGACUGAAGCCCCUCACCCUUGGACCAUUCUAAACUAUCGUUCUUGCACCCUCUCUGGAACCACCACAUUCUUCCUGCAGGUCAGAUUUGGCUGCAGUUUUAUAGAGGUUCAACAUUACUUCCUCACAUGGUUCUUUGUACCCAGGAUCUGCUUUGUCUGCCUGAACUACCAGCUUCAUAAAUGUGUGCACUAAUUCAUCCAGGGCAAUCUGUUCCCACAGCCUUUAGAAUUUACCUAUUGUAUUAUGUUAUCCUUCCUGCCAAAAGGUAUCAACUUUCUUUCUUCUGCAAUAAAUUUCAUUUGCCUUGUAUCUGUGUAUUUAUCUUCUUCAUCUGUCACUAACCUUCUCACUGCUUACCACACUUACACAUAUUGUCAUAUGAAAGUUCUGACAUCGUGCCUUAUGCAACCAAAUCACUAAUAUCUAUGAAUAAGAGAUUUGGUGCUAGUUCCUAUCACUAGAAACUAUGAUUCUAGGCCUUCCUCCAGCUUGAAAACCAAUUGUUGAUCAACACGGAGACAGAACCCACUGAGUCCCUCCAGCAGUUUGUUUUUCUCUUCUCUAGUGAGGGUGCAGAGGAGAUUUACCAGGUUGCUGCCUGGAUUGGAGAGCAUGUCUAAGGAGGAUAGGUUGAGUGAGCUAGGGCUUUUCUCUUUGGAGAGAAGGAAGAUGAGAGGUGAUUUGAUAGAGGUGUACAAGAUGAUAAGAGGCAUAGAUCGAGUGGACGGUCAGAUUUUUUUCCCAGUGCAACAAUGGCUAACACGGGGGGACAUAAUUUUAGGGUGAUUGGAGGAAGAUAUAAGGGGGAUGUCAGGGGUAAGAUAUUUUUACACAGAGUGGUGGGUGCGUGGAAUGCACUGCCUGCAGAGGUUGUGGGGGCAGAUACAUUAGGGACAUUUAAGAGACUCUUAGAUAGACACAUGAAUGAUAGAGAAAUGGAGGGCUAUGUGGGAGGGAAGGGUUAGAUAGAUCUUAGAGCAGGAUAAAAUGUUGGCACAACAUCGUGGGCCAAAGGGCCUGUACAGUGCUGCAGUGUUCUAUGUUCUAUGAAUACCCUUGACUUCCUAUUCCUCAGCCCAGUUCCAAUCAGCACUGUUACACUCCCUUUUACAGCAACAAACAAUUAGACAUCAACAAUUGGACCUCAUCGUUUUAUCAAACACCUUUUGAAAGUCCACAUACACCAAGUAAAUUUCAUUGCCUUCAUCAACCCCAUUUGCCUCAUCAAACAAUACCAUUAAGAUAGUUAAGCAGUGUUUACUCUUAACUGGUCUAUCCUCUGCUUUCCUUUAUUAGUCGAUAUGUUAACAAAUGACUUGAUCUUGUCUCUGAUUAUUUUUCCUGGUCAGUUGUUUGAAUUGCUUGACUUAAAUAAAUAUUGGAAUUGGUUUAUUA